AUGGACGUCGCCUGCGGGCGUCCCAUCAGCUGCGGGCUGCGGGCCCUGGGGGGCCAGGAUUUGGGGCACCGAGGCCGCCCCGCGGAACAAAGCGGCGGCGGUGCGGGCGGUGCGGGCCCCCCCGGUGCUCAUCGCCCCCCGCCCGUCUCCGCUCUUUGUCUCGGCAGAGGCUUCGGCUUCGUGACGUUCGCGGACCCGGGCAGCGUGGACAAGGUGCUGGCCCAGCCGCACCACGAGCUGGACUCCAAAACGAUUGACCCUAAAGUUGCAUUUCCCCGACGAGCACAGCCUAAGAUGGUCACAAGAACAAAGAAAAUAUUUGUAGGUGGAUUAUCGGCUAAUACAGUAGUGGAAGACGUAAAGCAAUACUUUGAACAGUUUGGCAAGGUAGAGGACGCCAUGCUUAUGUUCGACAAGACGACCAACAGGCAUAGAGGAUUUGGUUUCGUUACUUUUGAAAACGAAGAUGUGGUCGAAAAAGUCUGCGAAAUCCACUUCCACGAAAUCAAUAAUAAAAUGGUAGAAUGUAAGAAAGCACAACCUAAAGAAGUGAUGUUUCCACCAGGGACGAGAGGAAGGGCCCGCGGAUUGCCGUACACCAUGGACGCUUUUAUGCUGGGGAUGGGAAUGUUGGGUUACCCGAAUUUCGUCGCGACAUAUGGCCGAGGAUAUCCUGGAUUUGCCCCAAGUUACAGCUAUCAGUUUCCAGGUUUUCCGGCAGCGGCCUACGGACCAGUAGCAGCGGCAGCCGUGGCAGCAGCAAGAGGAUCAGGCUCCAACCCAGCCCGGCCCGGAGGCUUCCCUGGGGCCAACAGCCCUGGGCCCGUCGCAGACCUCUACGGCACGGCCAGCCAGGACUCCGGCGUCGGCAACUACAUAAGCGCUGCCAGCCCACAGCCGGGCUCCGGCUUCAGCCACGGGAUCGCCGGACCUUUGAUUGCAACGGCUUUUACAAAUGGAUACCAUUGAAACGUUACACAUGGUUGGUUGCCAUCUCACUUGGAGAGUCUCUCUGGAUGUCCGGGCAAGACGGGGCGAAGUUUCUGAGCGGUCCCAAGGUGAGGUGACAUCAUCAGACUUGAGCACUACAUCUUCACCAACAGCAAACGGACUGGAGGUGGCACUCGACGGACUUGGGCUGUUUAAAAUCUCUCUCAUCAUCUCAUGAAUCUGCUGUACUAUAAAAACAACAGCUUUUAAAAGUAUGUAUAUAAAAUCCAUUUCUUGUUCGUUUUAUUUUCUCAAUGGGUUCCCCCCUCCCCUUUUUAAACCUACUCAACCCACAUUUUUUGGUAGCGUUUUGACAUAGUCUCGUAGCCACGUAGACCUAAUUCUUUGUGUAUCUCUUAGGAGCCUAACCAUAGCCUAGCUGUUUAUAUUAAGGUUUUCUUUCGUUUCCUUUCCCCCCGUGUCCCCCCGGUCUCUGUAGUCGCUGUUGCUCGCAGGACGUGGGGCCGCGGCUCCGCAGCCCGGGGCUCACGGGUCGGUCCCCGCUCCUUUUGUUCGUGCCGUCUUCGUUCACCCGAUUCUAUCUAUUUUCGGCAAUAAGGCAAGGACGACAGACUUUUGCGCGUCCUUUUUCUAUAAGUGCUUUUUUUUGUUGAAAGAGGUGAUAUAAGGUUUUUUGAAAUCGUGACUUCUGAAAAAAAAAAAAACCGAAAAAAAAAAAAAAAAAAACCAAACACUGUAAAUACAAUUCCAUUAAGUACAUAUAAACUAUCGAGAAAGAGAAAUACAAACUAUUUUUGUGAUGGAGUCAGUCUAAGGCAGUUUCUCUAUUAAAAACGGAAGACGAAGCGCAGGUCUGACCUGGAGACCAACCGCCCGCGUGGCACGGCGCUGCCGCUCCGUUGGCUGCCACGCCGCGCCCUGGCUGUUACUCGUACGUGCACAGCUUCCCCCGUGACGGUCUCGUUGUCUUUUUAAUUUAAAAACUGCUUUUCCCAAGACUGAACAAGAAGCUCCGGUUUUCCUAUUUAUCGCAUUUAAGGUUCGAAGCACACCUGCUCUGCGCUGCUGCUUCCGAUGCAGGCGGAGCGGCGCAGCGCUCGCAUGGGUACCUUUGUUCUCCAUCACUUUCUGUAUGAUUCACAAAUUAGGAAAGCGACUUUGGUUUGUCUGGUUUUUUUUUUUGGGAAUACCUCAGUGCUACAAGUUUCACCCUAGAAGCAACGGAAGAUUUUAAUUUAUUGUAGUUGUAAACAGAAUUUAAAAAAAAAAAAGAAAAAAAAUAAAGUAUAAAACAUCAUUGCACUGUGACUGGUAGGGGAAAAACUGACAGUUUCCUAUUUGCACAUGUUUAAUAUUUGGCUGUUAUAUAUAUGGUCCUCUGUUGGGGGAGGAAACUUAUGAAGGAUAUUUUUUAAUUUAAUUUUUUUAAUAUUGGUAAAUAGGCCUGCAACAGCAAAUAGAAGUACAACACGGUAGGUGGCAUUAAGAACAUACUGUAGCGUGGAUAUAUUUCUUCUUUUUUUAACAUAAUAUUGACGAGUUUUAUUAAUAUUUUUUUAAAUUGUUACGUUUAUAAAUUUGGUACUUUAGGUACAGCCAGUAUAAGACACUGAAUGCGACAUUUGUUAAAAAGAGCUGCUGCACUCCUAUUUUUGUAAAUUUUACUAACGAGUAGAAUAACGUAGACGUUCAGUAGACAAGGUAGAGCGAGGCACCUGUAACGGAAGCAAGGCACCGUACUGCCAACCAGAAGGAGAAAACCUUGGUUUUUUUCUUAUUUUUGAGAACAGAAUCAUGCUUUUUUGUGUAAUAUUUUAGGUUGGUUUUUUCUUUUUCUUAUUUCUGAACAACCAGGUUUAAGCAAAAUGCUGGACGCUUUUUAAAUACUGAGACUUGAUCAAGAAAUAAUACCGUGAAUAAAACCAUUCUUUAAAAAACAAAAACGAAAAAAAAAAAAAGCAACAAACCAAAUUCCCUGAGGUUCAGUGUAUGAUCAGGGGAUUUUUUAUGGCUAUUUUGUCAAUGUUGAUGAUGUACUGUACUACCAGUUGGUUUUCCUCUCCAUUCCCUGUCACCUCAUAGAAUAUUCUUUGUUGAUCAUUGUUGUAUGUUAAUAGUGUAUAAAAUGGCUAUCUUGUAAGAGUGCUGUCCUGAUGCUAGUGUAGUGAAUCUUCCCCCUUCUCUCUUCCUCUUCUAGUACAUAUUGGUAGGUGUAUCGUAAUUAAGGUUAAAAAUUUAGAUGUAGUUAUUCAGAUUUAGGACCAGUAAGGAUAGAACUUUCUCUUAUUUAAGAAAAAAAAAUUGCUAAUAAUUUUGGGAAGGUUUUCCUCGUUUGUUUUUUUUUCUUCCUUUCCUCUUUUAUUAUUUUUCUUUUUGUUGUUGUUGUUCUUUUCUUUUGCUGAUCUGAUGCGGUUUCAACUAACCAAAGGUCUCACGAUGUUAAAAAUGCUGGCGAACUCUUACGGCAUUUUGUAGAUCCCCACCCUUUGAGAGGGGAUGUGCCAUACUACCUUAAAUGCUAACGCUAGAUAUGCAAAACUGGAUUUUUUUAAUUUAUUUUUUAAAAGAGGGAGGCACGGUAUAUUAAAACGAUUUUACUAAGAGAAAAAAAAAAUAUUUUUUUAAGAAUGCUCAGAAGAAAUUGCUAAUCUGUGUGAAUAUGUUUUAGAUGUUUAUAUACCUUUUGAGAAGUCCCAGUGGCCCAUAGCACAAAUGUCGUGGAACCCGGUACGUCUCGAUGUGGCUGCCUAGGCUGAGGGUCCGUUAGUCCCCCGCUCAUCCCGGAGUCCAUUUCCAGGGGGUUGUGUUUGUUCGUGCACUCGCUCGGGGCUUCUCUGUCCCUUCCCGGCGCAGCGCUCCUUGCUCUCAGCCCAGCGCUGUGGUCUGACAGCCGCCGCCUGCUCCCCAGCUCCCGUGGGGCGGCCAUGGGCCGGGGCUGGGCCCGCCCGGAGCUGCAGAACCCCGAGAGCUCAGUUACCCUCCCCCACUAAAACACAAAAAGUCGUUUGUGAUGGGCUUGAUUAAAACGAGGCCCGAUCUGUCCCUUUUUUCGUUUCUUACACUCAUCGGUGUUCAUUCUAAGUUGAAUUUGUAGCUUGGACUUUAAGGUAGCAUGGCUCUCUUGCUGUAUUUUCUUUUUCCAUUGUACAGCAGCAUUCAUUCAGCUGGUGAAUGUCACGCAUCUUGCUAGAGUAGUCAACCAUUGGGUAGCUGUCGGUAUAUGACCUGAAAGGUGUUCGCGUUUCUUUUCCCCCUCCCCACUCCGAAACCUCCGACGCUGUUUCCAUCGUGAGUGUGAAUGAGGGCUAGUGCCUGCACCACCGCUCCCGUCCCGCUCUGCCACACGCUCAGCGCAACGUCAUCCAGAAUAAAGCAAUAUCGCUUCCUGCAUUUCUCUGAAGGCCAGCCAUGGUUAUGUAUGAUAUUGCAUAUGAAACUGUUUACAAAAACAAAACACUAACUCAUAGCUGUCUUUUACGCUAUGGAAAUGUCUCUUGGGUGGAAUUUUUUGAAUUCUGUUGUUUUUCUUUUAGCGUUUGUUUUGGUUUGUUUUUUAAGCGAAGUAGUUCCAACAGAAAACUGAGGGUAGUUCAGUGUAAGAGACGGGAUGCAUCGAAGACACCGCAGGCCCGGGGUCUGCGCGUACACUGUAGAGUUUCAUACGUACAGAAUCGAAGUCAAACCCAUCUCUGUGUGUGAACACUACGUGAGGAGAUUCUGUAAGCUAAGCAAUACUUUAAUACUGUAAUAAAAUUACCAAAAAAAAUAAUAAAAAAAAAGUAGUUUGAGAGAGUAAAUCUGCGCACCGCGGUGCUGUUACAGCCGAGCCGAGCGGGUCCCUGGACAGCAUCCCUGGGCUCAGCGUGCCGCCGCGCGGGGCAGCAGGCCGCGCUGUGCUGGACAGGCCGCGCUGUGCUGGACAGGCCGAGCGCCGCCGGGGCCGUGUGUCGUGCUGACCGUAGUGGGUAGCAAACUUUCGUCGUUCUCUGUCGUGCGAGGUCCGAACUCCAUCAGUACUAGAGUGCGAGUCGAAGCAUUUCAGGUGGUCAUAAAUGUACCUAAAUAUACUAUGGCACAGUGGCAAGCCUAGCCCUUCCUUUUAUACUUUAGUAUGAACUGAUGAGAACUUUGGUAGUGACUUUUUUUUUAUAUAUAUACAUAUAUAUAUGUAUCUAUAUAUAUCAAGCAUCUUUCAGGUCUCUGUGUAUGGCUUUCUGAAGCCCUGUUGUAAAAUACUAUGUGGAUGGGGGUCUCUCACAUCACAGAUGUGGAAAGUAUAAUUUUAUAUUUGUAUUUUCAAAUAAAUAAGUUUGUGAAAGGUUUCCAUCCUCUACUGUGGUCCAGAAAUCAAUGUGUUUGUCUGACAAAAAAUACAAUAAACUGUUUUGAACAGA